AUGUUCUCCGAGCCCUCGUGCUUGGUCAGCCAAGAGUCGAUCCUGAACAAAGAGUUGGGGUCGUACUGCGAGAGAAUGUCCGAGAUCCUUCGCUGGCAGAUCCCGUGGCGCUCUCCAGAUCGUGCCGAAACUGUCGGCGGCGGCUGCGGCAUGUCGGCCGUGAGCAGCGCGUCCAGCUGCAUCGUGGGGGCCUCGGGCGCGAAACCUGGUGGCUGCCAGAUGCUUGGCGGAACCGCUGGGGCAUUGACAGAGGCCACGUCGAUCUCGGCGUCCGAGUGCAAGCAGUGCUUGGUCAAGUACGUGACGUUCUUCGUCCAGGAGAGUGGCGGGCGGCUCCCGGAGGCGGCCGUCCGCAGCUCGCCCCUGGAGCCCGCGGCGGGCAGCGCCGAGGAGGGCGGAGGGGAGGCCAGCGACGACGAGGCGUGCCGCGGGCCCAGUGGCGUCGGCUGCUACAUCCGCGGCGCCGGCGGCGAGGUCUGGGGGCAGGUCGUGGCCGACGAGGCGUGGGCGUGGCGCCUGGACAGCGGCAGGAUCGCCAAAAAGAAGACAGAGGGCGACAGGUGGACCUGGUGCGCGGGGCCGCCCAGGGCCCCGCCCCGCGUCGACGAGAGCCUGCUGGAACCCUACGCGACGUGGGCUCUGCCGGGUCCGGACGGCGGCGCCGAGGCUGCCGUGGACGGCUGCUUGGACGACGCCGGGCCCGCCUGCGGCCGCGACCAGCGGCUGCUGAGCUCGGCGCCCGCGGGCGACGUCGAGCGCGCGGUGCGAGCCCUGCUCGGCGUGGGCGCCCUCGGCCCCGCAUGCCCGUCGGGUGGCGCGGCUCCGCAGACCACGGGUCUCGGGGAGUGGCUGGCCUGCGCGCGGCUGCCCGUGUGGCACGCGCUGGCCCUGGCGCAGGCCGGCGACGCCGCCAGCGACGCCGACGGCUGGGAGCUCUUCUGGGCGGUGGUCGACCAGCGCGUGCACGCGCAGCAGUCCCUGGGCUAUGCCGGGGAGGAUGCGGCGUUCGAGGAAAUGGACGGGGAGGCCACGGACGUUCGCCGAGCUGACGCGCUGCCCUGGACCCUGGAGGCCGCCUUCGGGGAGAACGAGGAGAGUCCGCGCUGGGCGCGCUUCCUCGCGGCCCUGUGCGCCGCCUCUCCGCCCACCCGCCGUGGCUGCGGCGGCUGCGGGUGGGUCUCGCUCACCGACCCGGAGAUGCCGGUGGGCCAGUCACUCUCCACUGAGGUGCCAGAGCGCUUUGCGCUGCUCGCGGGCGCAGCGCCGCCGCAGCCCGGCGACUGCCCCGCGGGGCCCCUUCGCCGGGCGCUCGCGGAUUCGCUGCAGCGGGCCCUCGAGCGCGCCGCCGCUGGCGGGGGCGGUGGCCCGCUCGGCGGCCACGACGACGAGGCCGUGGAGGAGGCUCUGGCAUUCCUGGCCGGCACGGGCGCCGAGGCCGAAAACGAGGGGGCGGCGGCCGUGGCGGCGGUGCUGGCGCUGCUGUCGGAUGCCGCCGCGGCGCCCGCGGCAGACGCCGCCGCGGCGCCCGCCUGCGCGCCGGCCGCAGGGGGCGGCGAGGCGUGGGCCGCGGCGCUGCUGCGCGCGGCGCUGUGCCGCGCCCUGAAGCGGCGCGCCGCUGCGGCCGAGCGCUUCGGCGACGCGGCGGCGCUCAAGGCCGCGGAGGACGCGGCCGAGGACGCCGCCCGCUCGCACGCUGAGGCGCAGAGGGCCGGCGGAGGUCCAGAAGGACUGAACCUCCACUGCACCAUCAACGCCGAGUGGAACGCACUUCUCAAGGACACGAAGCGCUACUUUGGCCCUUUGACAGAGGAGGUUAAGACGCCACAGUUCAAGGACAGAGUUGAGAACAUCAGCUCCUCAAAGGACUGGCAGACUGCCAUGCCGCUCCUCAUCUGGGGAACCACGAUCGGCCUACUCCGCGCACCAACCAAGAGCUCUCAGUGGCAGAACCCCACCUGGCGUGACCUCUGCGCCGAUUUCGCUCUCGACGACCUGCUCGCAGAUGACCGCAUCGAGCGGGACCUCCGUGCGCAACUCCGGGUCAGUGUCGGGAUGGCCGGUGCCACUUGGAUCCACGAUGUCAUAUUCACCGGGGCUGGGAUUCUCUUCCAGGCGCGGCCGCUGAUAUCAUUCUACAAGUACACGACAACCCAGCCCUCUGCCAUGGUCAAAAUGCUGCGCGCGCGGUUUACAUUGCUGCCUGGCACCAGCUACACGGACUCCCGAUGCAGAAAUGGCUCAGGCAAACCAGCGCAGACCGCAGGUGGGCAGCCGGCAUCGGUGUCGGAUGGGAUCUAUGUCACCACGUCCCCUCCCUCACGGCUGCGGUUCACGGACGUGCUCCGCUUCCUCUCCGACGAGAUGCCGGGAGCAGCGAGACGAAGGGGAGCCGCAGACAGACUCACGCACGUCUGCUACAACUGCCACCGAACAGCACACAGGAUUUGGCACGCCGCCAGCUCCCAACAACACGGCCACGCCUGGUGUCACAUUUGCUUCGGAGAAUGGUCCAACCAGAUCACCCUCUGGGCCGCGCUCCUGAACGAACUGCUACCGUUGGAGCUCCACCGGGCAGCGCAUGCCAUCAGGGGCGACAGAACCACCCGCUUUCAGAUUCCGCUCACCUCUGACUCGUAUGAGGUGGGCCUCCUGGGCGCUGCUGGCACUGCAGCCGCGGUGGGCGCGCUGGAACGCGACCCAAGUGGACCGCGGCGGGGCACCGCCACUGGACAGCCCAUGUUCGAGUUCCGUUACAUGCCGACGAUGGCUUGGGGACACAUGCAGACAUGGGGAUGGCUGUGCGAGUCCUGCCAGAUGCACGCGAGGGAUUUGCGCACUUCUGUGGAGAAGGACGGCUGGCCAGAUCCGGGUCAGUUCGACUCCGCUGGGAAUCUGUGGGCGCGCACCAUCGGCACAUGCACGGACAGGGUCACCGGGCACCACGUCACACGCCUCAAGUGGGAUCAAUUGGAGCCCGAGUGGAAGGCUGCGCCAGUCGACUGGGUGGAACGGGGACUACCGGGUCCUUGGAUUCCGAUGUGCCGCGGCCAGGAAGUGGUCUUCCCACCAGACUGGGACCAUGUCCCAGCCCUCUACCUCACGACCUACCAGGAGUCCACGGCUCUGCCACCACUGGGAGCAACCGGGAAGAGGCCGGCUCGGUACUCGGCGCUGGCAGCCCAGGUGCCGCUGCGAGCGCCGCUGGCCCUAGUCCCCACGGCGCACCUGGCGCUGUUCCCUGCCGGCCAGUCUUUUGGACGCAGGGCAGUUCAGGAACACGUCGCCAGACUCGCCCGGGCGAGUCAAGUUGAAAUGCGUGCCAGCUUGGGCCCAGACUACGACGGGAAGACCAAGACUCGUAGGGACUUGAAUGCCAAGCGCACCUGCGCCUUAGACGCUUGCCUGGAACUGGUGACACCAGCGUGGCGACGCUGGUUCAUUCAGGAUUACAAACUGGAGGGCUGGAUCGAAAAGAGCGAAGCCACGGACUACUACGUGGUCAGCUGGAACACCGAGUGGCAGCUGACAGCUGGCUGCGGGGAGGAUGGAGUACGAGCUGUGCUGCUGUCACCCAACACCGACGAAAUCGCCUGCCUCCGCGUGGUCUUCCCGCGCUUCCCCGGGCGGGCCACCCCAGACGACGAGCGGGGGCUCCAUCCGCAUUGUCGCGUCUACCCAACCAAUGUCUUCCUGGUCAAUCACGACAAGGUCGACGGGCCAUUGCACUGCACCUCUGCUGUAGCGCCCCUGCCUGAGAAGACAGGCGCGGCUCACUACUGCGCCGACAUCGCGCCCGGUGCGAUCCAGCAUGAAAAGGUCAAAACCGCCCUGACGAACAUGUACCACUCCAACGUCCACCGGGACGAUCUAUGCUCCUGGAGGCUCGACCAGCCCAGCGCACCCAAGGUGAUCCUGGGUAUCACCGACGAGGCUGACCAGGUCAACGAGGUGCUUCAGGUCCACCCCGACGUCCUUGGCUUCUCCAGGUUCGCUUGCUACGACAGGAAGAUCGAGUCAGGCCUCGUAGCACCACUACAAGACCGCCCCAUCGUCAGCGGGCUUCCGUGGGUCAUGCGCCGACCGCUGGACAACGAGCGGCUGGAGACUGUCGCCAAAAAGCUAGGACACGACGUGGACGAAUUCAGAGGCGAGAUCUGUUACCUACACACCGAGGGGAUGACGCCUGGAGACGUCCACCGUGUGCUCAUGAGUGAUAAUCCAUAUGUGGACAUCACCUCUAAUGCCAAGAGUGGCUACGCCAACAUCCACGAGGCUGCCACUUGCCUCGAAGUGGUUCGCGCGCUUGGCCCCACCAUGCGUAAUUCUGGGCUAACUGUCAAAGUGAUCGCCCCCUACGCUGUACAGCGGACCGUUCUGUACGGCGGGUGGCCACAGGGCAAGAGUGGUUUCUGGAAGAACGCCGCGCUGGCUGAAUCGAAGCAGGGUAAUAAAAAAAAAGCAAGGCACUACAGCGGCAUCAGAGCCAAAUCCACCGGGCCAAAAGGCUGCCUACAGAAGCGCGCAUCCAAGGACUGUCGGGGCUCGCCAGCUGGCAUGGACAAGCAGCUACCCACGGCGGAGGCACUCGAGGCGAUCGCGCGGCGGGCCCAGGAGUUGGCGCGCCUGGCGCGCGAGAAGGCCGCCGCGGCGGCGGCGGAGGACUUCGGGCUCGCGGCGCGCCUGAAGCGCGAGGAUCAGUAG